AUGAACUCCUCCGCCGUAUCCACCCGCACGCUCGGCGCCUCAUCGCGCGUCUCCCCGAUCCAGCGCGCCCUCCGCGCGCGCGGGAGGAUCAAGAUUGUCAACUCGAAUUCUCGACGAUUCGAGGGCCACUACGGCAUCCCGCCCUUCGCGAGCGCCCGGGACGAUGCCAUCGGCGUCAGGCUGAGGCGCGAGGGCAAGCUCCGCGACAAGUCCAUCGUCAACCACGAGGCCGCCGUCGCCGCCGCCAUCGCGACCGGCAUCGCCGUCGCCAUCGUCGCCGCGGAACCCGCGCACGGCGCCGCGCUCGCCUCGCACCUCAUGCCCCCCACCGUGUACGCCCCGCAGUUCCAGGUCGCCGCCGACCUCGUCGCCGACGGCGUGAACCCCGGAUCGAUCGGCGUGACCGAGGUGACCCUGGACACCACCCUCAUCUCCACCUCCGCCUUCCUCCUGCUCGCCACCGUGCUGGGCGCGGCUGGGAAGAAAGACUACGAUCGGCGGGCCAAGCGAGAUCCGACGAUGUGGUCCGAACAAAACGAGUCCGUGACGCACCGACGAAGCAACAUCGUCGCCAAGAAGACGUCGCAAACAAUCACGUCGACGCAAACCAAGAUCGACGCACCUGGCGCCAAGUCCCUCAAGUCGUCCCGCUACAACAUCACGCCUCUUAAGAAAGGCGACGUGGACAACAAGCGGACAGACGACAAGAAGCCCGCCGGAACGCGAAAGCUUCCUCUCAACAAGACGCAAAAGGCGACGGGAAAGAGCAACAUCGUCGCCUUCCGAUCUAAGACCAAGCCCGUCAACAAGAAGGCCGCCACCGGCACCGUCUUCGUCACCAAGAAGCCCGUUAACAAGAAGCCCAUCAUUAACAAGAAGCCCUUAGCGUACGGAAAAUUCGCGGUCGGAAAAUCCGCCGGAAAAUACGACGAUUCCAUCCUCGCCGCCGCCGCCGCGUUCGUCGUCGGAGCCGUCGCGCUUGCCAACGUGGCGGGCACCGCGCCGACCCCUUCGGCCAAGGACCAGCCGAUGAAGAUCGGCGCGUACGACGUCCCCGCGCCGCUCCGGGGCGGCAUCAGGGAGCUCGGCUCGAUGAGAGUCCCUCCCGAGAUUGGUCGCGGCGCCGCCGCCGUCGGCGCCAACGUCGCGUCCGGCUUCGAGACCGUCGCCGAAUCCUUCGACGCCCUUCCGCCCGAGCAGUCCGCCGCGACGUUGGGCGCCGCGGGCGUCGUCGCCCUGCUCGCGCUCACCUCCGUCGUCGCCGCCAAAAGGGACGCGGAGUAUUUCGAGCCCAAGGUUUUCGUCUUUGGCGACUCGAUCAUCGCCGAUCGAAACGCCGCGGCGGCGAGAGCGGAGGAGGCGCAGGCGUGGAUCGACGCGUGGUACCGCACGGACGCCGGGGCGAAGACGUUCAGGCGCGUGAAGCACCGCUCGUUGGCGUACGAGGACCCCACGAUGGGUAUCGACGCCCUGACGAUCACCACGGGGACUGGGAAGAAGCCGGUGCCGAGGCGACCGUCCGCGUUCCGAUCCGAUCGCGACGCGUUGCUUCACGACGCGUAUCACAAGUCCAUCGAGAUCGUCGACGGCGUGAAGCUGGACAAGAAGAUCCUCAACGUCGUCCGCGACUUCGAGGCGAACCUCACGGUGAUUGACAUACGUCAGGCGCGAAGGAUCCUCAAGCUGGUCACCGACGGACCCGUCCGCGAUCACAAGCGAGCGAGCGGUAAGGUGGUUCAGUCCACCGUCGGCAACAUCGAGCUCGACACCGCGCUGUACGCGCUCGAUUCGUUCAAGUGGACCUCGCAGGCCAAGACGUGGUUUUUCAAGGAGCUCGAGCAGUAUUUUUAA